AUGUAACCAAAAACUUCUUUGUAAAGGUUAGGACAACAUUUAUUUUAAACACCUUUCUGAAAGAACCAAUAUUCGAGUCAAUAACGGCGCAACAAACAUUACCGUUCUAUUGCAAUAGCAACACGUUUUGGAGUAACUGGAGAAUCUGAGGGUCACCUAUAUUCGCUUAAUAUAUUCAGACUAAAGGACUUAUUCAAAAUAUACAUAUAAACAACAUGGAUGAAUGAGUGAAAAGAUCGCGUAUGAGAUUUCCAGCUGAGACUUUAAGCAGCAUCUUUUGUUUCCAUUUACAACGGUCAUGAAAAGUUCAAAACUGAAAAGAAAAUUCCUGUAACACCAAACAUUGAAUACUGAAAACUGUCAACCGCUACAAACUGAUACCUGAACACCAGAGGACGAGGAACGCCAACAUUGUGCAUCAAGUAUCAACUUCAUCAUGGCGGCUGCAGUUGGCCCGCAAAAACAGGUACGUCUGAGCAUGACUACACUAAAGGAACAUGAAGAAACUGAAACCAACUUUCGCCCUCCUCAAAACAGGCGCCAGAGUAUCGCUUCUAGCAAACUCAGUGAUCCUGGCCCUGGCCCUGGCCAAGGCCAAGGUCAAGGCCUUAACCCAAUACUUGUCAAUCGUCGUUUGAGUCGUCGAGGGUCUAUGAUGGGUUCACAGAUCAUGUCGCUAUUGGCUCAUAGACGAAUGUCCCGGAUUUGGACUCAACAGUCUGACGACGGUCCAUCGAAAUUGCCCAAACAUGUUGAACCAACAUACAAACUUGAACCAGACGACCAGAAACGUUUUGCUGUAGCCAAAGUUGAAGCCGCCAUUGAAAGCAUCUUUAAUGUGUACCUGGACGAUAAAGAAUAUGAUCCAACUACGUGUAAGGAUCUCUCAGUUGAUCUUGCUAACAUGAUCAAGAACAGGAUCAAAGAUUUUGAUUUCAAACGUUUUAGACUUGUCAGUCACGUUAUCAUUGGACAGUGCCAAGAUCAGGGAAUCGAGGCUACCAGUAGGUGCGUCUGGAAUACGAACACGGAUAGAUUCGCCUCUGUGAAGUAUAAGAACGCUACUCUGUUUGCUGUGGCAACAGUAUUUGGUGUAUAUUUAGAUUAACAAGGUUUGAGUCGAAAAAUAAAUGUAAAUAUAUACAAAAAGUGUUUUAUUUUAUUUUGUGGUAAACUAAAACAUAUUAGAGUACAAUAAAGACCCUCUGAGACCAUUCCUGGGCAGCUUGGAUGAGUUCGAU